UUGUACUUCCGGUCGCAGAGUGGGGUUUGUUUUCCAAAAUGGCCGCUAUGAGAAUUUGCUCUCUGGAUUAUUUCCCUGAAAAUAUUUUAAUUGAAGUUUUAUCCUACUUAAGUGUCCGAGAACUUGUUCGCAAUGGAAGAGUGUGUAAGCGAUGGAAAGCUUUAAUAAAAGACCAGAGACUCUGGAGAACUGUGGACCUUUCGACAUGGACACGGGUGACCUCAAGGGUGCUCUGGACGUUAUUGCGGCAGUAUCUGGGACGUGGUGUAUGUUCUCUCCACCUGCGUGGGUUGCUGCAGAGUGCACGUAGAGGCUCGUUCCUCUCUGAGCCGUGGCUGCAGACUCUGAGCUCGAAAUGUCCUCGACUCCGCAGACUCACUCUUACUCACACGGACCUGCGUGGCCUGCCCAGCUGCUCCUUAUUACCUCCGAGCUUACAGGUGCUCGAACUGCACAGCUGCGAACUCCCACCUGGCUUUUUUACCCAGACUCCGUUAAAGCCAGUGCAGAACGGCUCAGUGAAAGAAUCUCCGACCUCUUCGUCAUCUUGUGUUAUCGAAGCACUAAUUCUGGACAAUGUGCCAUCGUUCACUGACCAGCACCUAAAGAGCCUGAGCUCAUGGGAGCACCUGCGGCGUCUGGAGCUGCGCGAUGUGUUGCGUGUGACCGUGGCAGGACUGAAGGGAUGCGCUCCACCUGGCCCACACGCGCUAAAACGCCUCACGCACCUGGAAUUGGAGGGCUUCAGCCGGCAGCAGAUGGCAGCACUGGGCUUGGCUGGGGGUUGGGCGGGACUGGAACAGCUCACGCUCGGCGGGCGGGAAGUCGCCCCCGGUCUGCUCUGCCUCAGUCGACUGGUCGGGUUGCGCUGGCUGCGACUGCGUAGCUGCAAACUCUCGGAGACGUUGGUGCUGCGCAGCUGCGGUGCGCUGACGGAGCUGCAGAUGUUAGAGUUCCUGCAGGUGGAGUUUGCAUUGGAGGCCGAGAGAACAGACAGACGAAGGGGUGAAAAGAGUCAAAAUGACCUUCUGUCUGAGCUCAAACAAGCGCUGUCCAACCUGCUACCCAAGUGCACUGUUGUGUUCAUGCAAUGUACCUUUAUAGUUGGUGUGGACUGACACAGCGGGAUGGGUGAUCUCGGAAUUACGGUCAUGACAAGCUAGAUCAAUUAACGCAGUGGAUUUAGACUGAUCAGAGAAAGCCUGUUAACAAUGUUCUACUCAAAUCCACCAAGUGACAAAGAGCCAACUGGAUGCGAGAUGUACUUCAACCAAUCACAGAAAGCCAACUAAAAACCAGGGCAGUUCUCCACUCAAAUCUGCCUAGCAACAAGUAGCCAAUUAGAUGCAAUAUUUAUUUUGACCAAUCACAGAAAGCCUACUCAUAACCUGCAACUCUACACUCAUCUGCCGGGCAACAAGUAGCCAAUUGGAUGCUUGCAACUUGUGCCUUUUUUUUUUUUUUUAUAUAAUACUUUUGAGCAGUUUUUGCUUUUCGGUCACAAUAAGUUUCCUUAGAAUAGAGUAUUUUGGUGAUUGAAUUGGGGUGUUUUUUUUUUUUAAAUACUGCUGUUUUCUUGUCUUGUGUCUCUUCUAACUUGUCAGCAAACCUCACAAGAAACCAAAUAUCACUAUCAAUACCAAGUAUCAUGAAGAAAAUGUUCUGAAAGUGAUAGUUUGGGUAAAAAUGAAAUGUAGACUACCGUUCAAAAGUUUGGGGUCACUUUGAAAUGUCCUUAUUUAUUUUUGAAAGAAAAGCACUGUUCUUUUCAAUGAAGAUCACUUUAAACUAAUCAGAAAUCCACUCUAUACAUUGCUAAUGUGGUAAAUGACUAUUCUAGCUGCAAAUGUCUGGUUUUUGGUGCAAUAUCUCCAUAGGUGUAUAGAGGCCCAUUUCCAGCAACUCUCACUCCAGUGUUCUAAUGGUACAAUGUUGCUAUGUUCACACUUGUACCGGUACGAAAGUGGUAUAACUGUAUCGAUACAAAGUAUACCGGUACAGUUUAGUGCAUCUGUCCACACUAGCGAGAAAUGUUUGCGGUUUUCUUUCACGGUAGUUGAAAUGCGCGUGCGCAAAAUGUUUCCGUGGUUACCGAGUAACUUCCUUCCGAGAAUAUGUGGCAUCCGUUAUUUCGAGAUCUCGAGAAAACAAAACAAUUAUUUCAUGAUCUCAGCUGGAUCACUGUAUCUCCGUCGGGAGAGACGAAGCCGGGCCAGUCUUCUGCGGAGGUGCCGCGGACUAAUUUUGAAAUUAUCCUUUAUUAAAAGACUUAAUGCAAUCCCUCCCUGUGUCAACCUCAUUAUCUCUAGCCGCUUUAUCCUUCUACAGGGUCGCAGGCAAGCUGGAGCCUAUCCCAGCUGACUACGGGCAAAAGGCGGGGUACACCCUGGACAAGUCGCCAGGUCAUCACAGGGCUGACACAUAGACACAGACAACCAUUCACACUCACAU